CUCCCAGCAUGCCUCACGCCCGCCGGCGCCCGGGAGCGCGGCGAAGCCGCCAACGACCAAUGGGAGCUGCCAAGGGCGGAGACCCGCGCGCGCGGCGCCCUGACGCGCGACGGCGACGUCGGGGUUUGUGUGCGCGAGAGGCCGCCGAUAAAGGUUGGGUGCCUCGCGCCGGGGCCGUCGGGAGGGAGCGCGCCCCCGCCCCUCCCCCCAGGCCCCGCUCCUGCACCAUCGCCGCAGGCACCCCGCCUUCCCGCCGGCCCCCGCGGGAGGGUCCCGGGGCUCUCCCCCACCUCGCUCCCCGGGCCGGGCCCGCAGGUGUGAUGGUCGGCUCCCACGGCGACAUGGCACCCGCCUCCACCGCAGAGGGGCCCGCGGACAAGCCCGGCCCCGCGGCGCCGGCGACCCAGUACGAGUGCGGGGAGUGCGGCAAGUCGUUCCGGUGGUCCUCGCGGCUCCUGCACCACCAGCGCACGCACACGGGCGAGCGGCCCUACAAGUGCCCCGACUGCCCCAAGGCUUUCAAGGGCUCCUCGGCCCUGCUGUACCACCAGCGGGGCCACACGGGCGAGCGGCCCUACCAGUGCCCCGACUGCCCCAAGGCCUUCAAGCGCUCCUCGCUGCUGCAGAUCCACCGCAGCGUGCACACGGGCCUGCGGGCCUUCUCCUGCGCCCAGUGCGGCCUGGCCUUCAAGUGGUCGUCCCACUACCAGUACCACCUGCGGCAGCACACGGGCGAGCGGCCCUACCCGUGCCCCGACUGCCCCAAGGCCUUCAAAAACUCGUCCAGCCUGCGGCGCCACCGGCACGUGCACACGGGUGAGCGGCCCUACGCGUGCGGCGUCUGCGGCAAGAGCUUCACGCAGAGCACCAACCUGCGGCAGCACCAGCGCGUGCACACCGGCGAGCGCCCCUUCCGCUGCGCGCUCUGCCCCAAGACCUUCACGCACUCCUCCAACCUGCUGCUGCACCAGCGCACGCACGGCGCCGGCACCGCGGCCGCCAGCGCACCUGGGGUCCCCGCUGCCCCCCAGCACCGCUGCGCGCCCUGCGGCAAGGUGUUCGCUUCAGACGCCUACCUGCAGCGGCACCUGCAGACCCACAGCCCGCCCGCGCCGCCGCCGCCCCAGCCCCCGCCGCCCGUGGUGCCCGAGCUCUUUCUGGCCGCCGCCGAGACCACGGUGGAGCUGGUGUACCGCUGCGACGGCUGCGAGCUAGGCUUCAGCAGCGAGGAGCUGCUCCUGGGCCACCAGCCCUGCCCGGGGCCCGAGCCGGCACCCCAGCCCCGGGACGCGCCGGCCGUGGCGCCCCGGCCUGACCCCGCCCCGGCCCCCGCGCCGCCCCCGCCCGCCGCCCCGGGUUUCGCCUGCCUCCCCUGCGGGAAGGCCUUCCGCAGCGGGGCCGGCCUCUCCCGCCACCAGCACAGCCAUGGGGCCGCGGGCGGGCAGGCCUUCCGCUGCGGGAGCUGCGACGGCGCCUUCCCGCAGCUGGCCAGCCUCCUGGCGCACCAGCAGGCCCACGUGGCCGAGGCGGCGGCCGGGCGCCCGCCCCCGCAGGCCGAGGCGGCCGAGGUCACCUGCCCGCAGGAGCCCCCCGCGCCCGCCGCGCCUGCCGCCGCCGAGCGGCCCUACCAGUGCGCCGAGUGCGGCAAGGCCUUCAAGGGCUCCUCGGGGCUGCGCUACCACCUGCGGGACCACACGGGCGAGCGGCCCUACCAGUGCGGCGAGUGCGGCAAGGCCUUCAAGCGCUCCUCGCUGCUGGCCAUCCACCAGCGCGUGCACACGGGCCUGCGGGCCUUCACCUGCGGCCAGUGCGGCCUCACCUUCAAGUGGUCAUCCCACUACCAGUACCACCUGCGGCUGCACUCCGGCGAGCGGCCCUACGCCUGCGGCGAGUGCGGCAAGGCCUUCCGCAACACGUCCUGCCUGCGGCGCCACCGGCACGUGCACACGGGCGAGCGGCCCCACGCGUGCGGCGUCUGCGGCAAGAGCUUCGCGCAGACCUCCAACCUGCGGCAGCACCAGCGCGUGCACACCGGCGAGCGCCCCUUCCGCUGCGCGCUCUGCCCCAAGACCUUCACGCACUCCUCCAACCUGCUGCUGCACCAGCGCACGCACUCGGCCGAGCGCCCCUUCACCUGCCCUGUCUGCGGCCGUGGCUUCGUCAUGGCCGCUUACCUGCAACGCCACCUGAGGACGCACGCCCCCGCCCACCCGGCCCCCGGCGCCGCAGCCCCGGCCGCAGGGCCCCAGCCUCCCGCCCCGCUGGUGGCAGCCGCGGCCCCGCCCGCCACCCAGGACGUCCACGUCCUCCCCCACCUGCAGGCCACGCUGUCCCUCGAGGUGGCAGGGGGCACUGUCCAGGCCCCACCACCCAGCCCAGCAGCCCCCAACUCCCAGACGUUCCUGCUGGUGCAGACGGCCCAGGGUCUCCAGCUGAUCCCCAGCAGCGUGCAGCCCCCCACCCCUCCACCCCCACCGGCACCUCCCAAGCUCAUACUCCUGCCUUCCUCGGCUGCUGGGGGAGGGGGCGGCCGCGCACGGCAGGGCCCGCGGGCAAUGGGGAAAGCUGGUCAGGGGACUGGUGUGGUCUGGCUACCAGGCCCUGGGGGGCUGGGGGUGCAGGGAGGGGGUAGUGUGGGGGCCAGUGGGGCAGGGCAGAGCCUCAUUGUGCUGCAGAACGUGGGGGGUGGGGAGGCAGGACGGCAGGAAGUAAGUGGGGUUCAGCUGCAGCCCCUCCGGCCAGCCCAGGAGGUGACCACGGUCCAGCUGCAGCCGGCCCAGGAGGUGACCACGGUCCAGCUCCAGCCUGCCCAGGAGGUAACCACGGUCCAGCUGCAGCCGGCCCAGGAGGUGACCACGGUCCAACUCCAGCCAGCCCAAGAGGUGACCACGGUCCAGCUGCAGCCUGUGGGGGGCCAGCUCUCCAGUUCCAGUGGGGGGGCCGUGGCUGCUGAGGCCCCCAAUCUGCUGGUGGUUCAGAGUGGGGCGGCAGAGGAGUUGCUUCCAGGCUCGGGCCCCGGGGAGGCAGGGGAUGGCGAGGCCAGCACCGGUGUGGUCCAGGACGUCCACUUUGAGACACUGCAGACGGACGAGGGCUUGCAGAGCGUCCUGGUGCUGAGCGGGGCCGAUGGGGAGCAGACGCGGCUCUGUGUGCAGGAGGUGGAGACCCUUCCUCCUGGGCUGGCUGAGCCGCCGGCCCCCGGCCCGCCAGGACAGAAACUCCUCAUCAUCCGUAGCGCCCCGGCCCCGGAGCUGCUAGAGAACGGCAGCUUCGGGGGAGGCCCGGCCACCCUGCAGCUCUUGGCCCCUCCCCCACCCGGCCCGGCCACUGGCCCCGCAGGCCUCCCUGGGGCUGCAACCUCCCAAAUGGUACAGGUGGUCCCCGCUGGCGCUGGGCCUGGGGGCCUGGCGCAGCCGGGCCUGCCCUCUAUCCAGAUUGUGCAGACUCUGCCGGCCGUGCAGCUGGUGCACACAUUUUGAGGAGACCCGCUGGUACCCCGACUUGCAAUCAGGAGGAAGGGGGCUGCAGGCCGGGUUUGCUAAUAAAGACCUAGAACCUCCUUUCUUUGGUUUUCUUUGUUGGGGAGAGGGGAGAGGGAGGGAGAGAGGGGCAAUGUAACGGGCGUGGUAGUGGCCUGGACGCUUGGAGUUUUCUUGCCUCCAUGUGUGCAGGUGACUUGCUUUGCGUCUUGGGGCCAGUGAUAUCUAUGUGGGGCGGUUUCCCCAUCGUUAAGAAAGGGACGCAGGAGUGACUGCGGUGCGAAGGCCUCCAGUCGGAGUCCUGGUUCUGCCACAUGUUUGUCUAAAGUCACCCCAGCCCUCUCUUGAUCCGAAAAGUGGGUAUGGGUGGGCACUCAUCCCUAAGGGUGCC